GAAUAAAACAAAUAGCGUUCGAAUUUCAAAAUUUUAUUCGAAUUGUGUAUUUUUAUUCGAACUAGAGAGGUGCCUGUUUUUUUAUUGAGUGUUCAGUUAUUUUUUGCGUAUUUAAAAAAUUGGUUCUGGAAUUGCGUUGCGUUGCGUUGCGUAUUUUGGAUGUGAAUUCCCUAGGGGUCGUUUUCCCUGGGAGAGCAUUGCUAUAGCAACGAAUUUACGUCAAGUUCAUGGGCGGCUGGUGCAUUUUCGCUCGAUAAUGAGUAGUUUUGGAGAUUGCUGAGUUUUGUUUAGUACCAACUUCGAAAAGAGAGUUUGAUGGCGUUUAUAAAGUUCGGGUAUGCGCUCGUGGUGGUGACCCUGCUGCUCAUGAUAUGGGCAUCCCUGUCGAGAGCAUUGGAACUCCACGUAGACACAGGGCAUCCACCAUGCCUGUUCCAAGCGCUAUGUUCCUGCUCGAAGCCAGCUGGGGACCUGGGCAUCGUGACCUGCAAUCACGUUCCGAUCCUCAGGGUGCCAGCCACUAUCAACAGCUCGAAGGUCUUCAUGCUGCAGUUGACUGGCAAUCAGAUCAGGGAUUUGGAGCCACAGUUCUUUCAAGCUACAGGCUUGUACCGGCUUGCAAUUAACGAGAACCCGCUAGAGAGUGUCCAUGAAGAGGCGUUCUAUGGGCUCGACAAUACACUUUGGGAAUUGGAACUGCGACAGGACAAAUUGACGUCUGUGCCUAGCAGGUCGCUCAGAUACUUGCAGAAACUAAGGCUCCUGGAUCUGACAGGGAACGAGAUAACAGACAUUUCUGGUGACAAUUGGCGAGGUUUAGAACAUACGUUAACAACAUUGAUUCUAGCAGAUAAUUCUAUAGCGAAUCUGCCACUUGAUGCUUUCUCCAGCUUGCCUAUGCUAGAAACCCUGGAUUUGCAUGGAAACCAUUUGUCUGUGAUCGAUAGUGGAGUCUUCCGAGAUGGGAUGAGCAGACUUAAUAGGCUCCUUCUGGGAGACAACCAACUGGCCUACAUUCCGUACGAAGAACUAUCGCCACUACGUCAGCUGAGGUUCCUGGAUCUUUCUAACAAUCUGAUCAAGCAAGUCCCGCCGGCUCAUGAUCUGAAUGGAAUCAAACUGUCUUUGGAUUCUUUGAAGUUAGACAACAACCUUAUCAAGAUACUGUAUCCAGGGUCGUUCAAGUACUUCAACAUUUUGAAUUACACCUCUUUGGAUGGGAACACCAUUUAUGCUUUGAGGGAAGACGCCUUCAGAAACGCUAAGAUCAAAACCCUCUCACUACGGGAUUGCAGUAUAUCGGAAUUGUCACCAGCUUCCUUCGCUGGACUAGAGAACAGUUUGCAGAGCUUAGAUCUGUCUGAGAACAACUUGACCAUGAUAUCGAAGUUCAUGCUAAAUAAACUGGAUUCUUUAAGGUUCUUGAACUUGAGAGAAAAUAAGGUCGAUGUAAAUCUACUGACAUCAACUACACCAUCAGAGUACUCUACGACGUCGUUCAACAACUUCCAAUACAAACUGUUUUAUUUGGACAUCAGCAGUGCCAGCUCCAUUGAAAUGAGCCUGCAGGAUUUUAGAAGAAUGAGAUCACUCCGCUACUUAUCAAUAAGCAAGCUACUCCGGCAAAGUAUAAGGACAGAAGAUUUCCUAGAAUUUGGAGUGGAACUAGAAGACCUGAAGAUAUUCGGCAGCACAGUGACCAGGAUAGAAUCCAGUGCCUUCCAACACGUUAGGACUAUCAAGACCCUGGACUUGUCGGAGAAUAAUAUUGAGUUCAUUGAUCCAUUUGCUUUUGCUGAGUUACACAGCCUAACAACGCUAAAGAUGGCAAACGGUCUAGCAGACGUUGUGAAGAUAUUACCAUUUGAACCACUGAAAGCCCUAAUAGAACUACAAUACUUGGACUUAAGCAACAACAAGUUGAAGAAUGUUCCAGACACGUCCUUCCAUUUCUUGUACAAAUUGAAACGCUUGAACUUACAGGACAAUUAUAUUGAUCACUUCUCUAAAGGGACUCUGCAGGGUGACAUACACGUACAAUUAGAAAGCAUAUGCCUAUCCCAAAAUCAAAUACGACAAAUAGUUCAACAUGCAUUCGUUGGUUUGAAAGAGCUACAAGAAGUAUUGAUAGAAGAUAACUUGAUAGAACUGAUACAAAGAAGAGCUUUUACCAGCCUUGAUAAUCUGAAGAAGAUUAAUCUGAAAGGAAAUAGGAUUUACGAAAUCAGUGAAGAAGCAUUCCAGAAUAUUCCAGCUCUCACUGAGUUGGACAUUUCAUUCAACAAUCUUGACACGUUCAAAUUCUCAAUAUUCGAUCAAGUUGGGUCUGCCACGGCUUUGAAAGUCAACGCUUCAUACAACAGAAUCAUUACGUUAACCGAUUCAAAUGCCCCAAGUUUCUUUACAUCUAACUUCUACCCACCACCUAAAGCCCAAAGUCUCGGAACAGUCUCGGUCAACAUCAGAGUUUUGGAUUUCUCGCAUAACAAUAUUACCUACAUCGCACCUUAUUACUUUAGGCAUGCAGAUCUGACAUUGACUGAACUCCAUCUAUCUCACAAUAAGCUGAGAAAUAUAACUCGCGAAGUAUUCGGAUCUAUGCACAUGCUUCAAUACUUGGAUCUGUCGCAUAACUACAUCUACCAAAUGGAAUAUGAUUGCUUUAAGAGAGUUAAGAAUUUACAGAUCAUAAACCUAUCUCACAACCAUAUUAUUGAGCUCCCAGUGGAAAUAUUCCACGACAUGCAAUCGUUGACAUCGGUAGAUUUGUCCGAUAACCACAUCAAGAAUUUGGCUGACAAUCUCAUACCAUCACCAGCCUUAGAAAGGUUAGACUUAUCUGACAAUGGACUAUCAAGAAUACCAACGAAUUGCUUAUCACCUGCAGCUUCAGCCAAUUUAGUGGAAUUAGAUUUAAGUGGCAACACCAUACCAGCCGUGGCUUUAGGAGACUUGGUCCAACGAUACCGGAACCCUGAUCAGUUGGGCGAAUACUGGCCCGAAGAGCCCGACUACAGUGACGAGUAUAUGUACCACACCGCUAGGCGAGAUCACACCAGAGUGUUCCACCAAAAAAAACAAUACCCGCAGAAUAUUUUGUACAAGUCUCUAGCCUGGUUGGACUUAUCGAAUAACCAUCUAGUAAGGAUAGAAGGUGGAUCCUUCUCUGCUUUGCCUAAACUGCGGUGGUUGGACCUCAGUAAUAAUUCACCUUUCAAUUCUGGAGAAAGAGGUACCACUAUCUUCAAAGGACUGGAGAGAAGACUGUCCCAUUUGGGGCUGAAGAAUGUUAGCUUGCUUUCGGUGCCUUCGAUGUCAUUAUCGAAAUUGAAGAGUCUGGACUUGUCAUACAAUAAUUUGCCUUCGAUUCCUCCUGAUACAACUGCGAACCUUACACGUCUUCGAGCAUUGGACUUAUCUUACAACGAUCUUACUGCUGUACCUGUGGCAACACAUUCGUUGAGUGAUCUCCGUUGGCUGUCUUUGUCUGGUAAUCCCAUCAGUGCCUUAAUGAAUACGAGUCUCUACGGAGUAUCUCCUCGCCUUGAAUAUCUGGAUGUGACUCAUUUAAGAUUGAGGAUACUUGAACAUGGAGUGUUUAGCAAGAUGUAUGGUCUAAGAACUCUUAAAAUAUCAGCAUACACAAAUGUGAGAGAAUUCAACGUACCAAAGUUACUAUCAUACAACACAGGCUUAGAGAACUUAUUGAUAGACACCGAUUAUGAUAACGUGGAGUUUGGCAAAGAGAUGUAUGGGCCACUGCCGAAUAAACUCGAUAAUAUCACCAUCACUGGCAGAUAUUUGAAGUAUUUGACGCAGUACUUGUUAAGCGGAGUCCAAUCCAAGGUACUCCGUCUCACAGUGUUCAACACAAGCGUAGAAGAGAUAGCAAGUGAAGUGUUCUGGAGACCAGGCAGAGUCACCAACUUGACCCUAGACCUCAGGAACAACGACAUCAUGAGGGUGCCCAACCCUUCGCAGAGACCGUGGCCAAAGGUCCCAAACACGGUGUUCCUUCAAGAUAUUUUGAUUGCUGGCAACCCAUUGACUUGCGAUUGUGGGAUUGGUUGGAUAAAGGCCUGGGACCGGAAAAGAAGGCAGUACCUCUGUGACAGCCCGUCUGACUGCAUCUCGACGCGCGAUGACGUCAGAUUCGCCACAUGUCCCACUUAUGACAACAGAACUUUUGCUGACGUUCUGACGAGAGAUCUGGAUUGUGAAUGGAACAAAGGAUUCCUAGGAUCACCCAACUUCUACAUAGUGUUAGGCAUGACAAUCCUAACGUGCUUGUACAUAUGAGGAUUAUUCUGGCUACUUAGGGUAUACGAGGAAUUCAACCUGAUUUUGGCAAGGGUGUACAAUUCUAGCAUCUAGAGGCCUCAUCAAGACGAACUCGUAUAUUUAUUAGGAACAAAUCAAUUUUUGUACAGAAUUAAAUUCUGAUGCUUACCUACCAACUUUUCGAUAUUUCGAAAUUAGCAAACUAUCAUAGAUUAAACCCGAAGAAGAUUUUUAUUAUUCCGUUAAAGAAAUAUGUACAUAAAAUCAAAUGCAAUCGUUAGGAAUUGUAAGAAUCUUCUACGAUCAAAAAUAUAUCCAGAUAAGAGUGAGAUGAGAUGAUUUCCAUACUGUACCUGUUGCUGUGGCCUACAUACUGAGUCUUGGUCUGGGGAUCCUGAAUAGCCAAAUCCUAGUUAGUGUUAGUGAAACGGAAGUAUAUGCUUUAAGACUUGAAGUCAGGACAUUGACAGAUGACGGAGAAAAAGUGACUUUUGUAUACUUAAGUGAUUGCGAUAACUCUAGUGAAGCCUACUAAAAUGUGAUUUAUCGUUUUAAAAAUGGAAAGCAGAUGUGUGAUCUCAGAACAGUUGGAUAUGUUACCGUAACUUCAUAACUCUUAGUAAAUUACAGUUUGCGUUCCCCCAAAACCUAUUUUGCGUGUGUAGUUUUAAGAUUAUAAUUUCUACAUUUCACGCAUUUCGUGCACUGCCUUACAUAACGAAUUUUCUGUGAUUAUUGUCCAGAGUUUAUGUCCAACUUGUAUGGUGCGUUUGGUUUCACGAUAUUGUUAUGAACCGCGUCUGGAAGUGCACUUAAUGUGUUUUAGAAGUUGCAUUUACGUCGAUUUAUAAGAUAAGUUCACACGAAAGCAAUGACUUAAUUAUGAUCGUCUAAGUAGACUGCAUUCGCUCGAAUGGUAUAUGUGUUCGUCCAUUAUUAAGAGUAAUAAUAUUAUUUAUAGAUGUAUUCAUUUUUGUAAUAGGUGACUUUAGGUGUAGACUAAUCAGAUCAUUUAUAAAGAUUUCCUUAUAUAAAGUAUCUUUAACUAUUUCUUCAUCGACAUUUAUUUCUUCGUACGUAGUUGUUUUGAUAUCAUCGAUUCGAUGGUUUUAAAUAACAAAUUCUUGUACAAAUAAAGUUUCAAACUCAUCUUUCAUAACGCCUAUAUUCAGAGUCACUGUCUUCAAUACGAAAGCUUAAUCCUAUUCUAUUUACUCUUUAAUAUUUUUCAUUGUUUAGCUGUUUACAAAGUCUAUCUGGUUAUUGUUGGAUAAACAUAUUUUAUUACAUAUUAUGUAUAAAUUAAUGUGUCAUUAGCUGUUAUUGUAUCGGAGCAUGCUGUAAUAUAUACAUCAUUGUACGUAUAUACUAGGAUUUUAUCGACUGAAUUUAAGUGUUUCGGAGCUAUAUCGCUGGUUAUUGUGUAAGAAAUGUUGUUUGUAUGAUGUCCAAUGUGGCUUGUUUUUAUUGUUGCGUCGCUUAAAUAUUUUGGUCACGUUUUAAUUUUUUCUACUAAUAUUUUAGACAUGCACGCUAGCAAUAGUUUAGUCGGUUGAGAGUUGCAUGUUACUCGUAGCUUUCUUAUACAUUUCUAUAACUGAGUGAGUUCAAUUGAAUACCUCUUCUUCAGUGGUCCAGUUUGUGCUGUCAGGCCUAUUGUUGACUUUUGUUUUCAAUGCCAUUUCACGAUGCACUGAUUCUGUUUCUCAUUUCAAGGUCAUUCACGAAACAAUUUUUAGUAUCACGCCAGCGUUAAGUUUGGUAUUGAAAACAAAGGGAUGUCGUUGUAACAAUGAAUAUAUUUUGUGAUAUAUAUUAAUCUCUAAUCCUUCUAUUUUUGAUAAAGCCUACAAUGAAUAUUGCUGAACUAAACGGGAAUUGUAUAGCUGAAUAAAAUUGUCAUUAUGGAUAAAGUUACCGCUUCUGUAUAGUUAAACAGACCGCAAAGUCAAUUGUUACAUAAAAUAUUUUUCCUUCGAUGGUACUAAAUGUUAUAUUGUAUUUUAUUCGAAUAAUAGCUUGCUUAACUAAUUAGUGUUUAAAUCGUAGACCGGCAUCAUGUGAUUUUUGACCAAUGAUAGCUAAAAGCAUAAUUCUGUGGUCGGUUUAGUUGAAAUAGUAUUUCUUGAAAGCUCCCUGCAAUACUCAAACUUGUUGCAACUUCAAAUUAAUCUAUGUAAGGUAAAAAGGAAUGUACAUUAUAAACUAACGGUUAUUACAUAAACUUUGGUACGGUUUUACAAAGGCUUGAUGUAAAGAUAAAGAGAAACCUCAUUGCUUAUUAGUGCCAUCAGUAGCAAAACUCGGUUAUAACGAGAACAUACAAAUUAUAUAAAAUCUUCUGCAAGGUCCAUUGUGAUAGAAAUAGCUAGUGCCAAUUUAAUUAAAUAAAGUAUUUGAAUAACAAUAAUCUUUGGAUGGAAAUGUAAUUUUUGUUUUGCGAUUGGAAUCGUGAGAUGGGAAUUACUGAUGCUCAGAUGCGAUUGUAUGAAAACUUACCAAGUUAUUUAAAAUAUAUUAUUUAAAAGGUGUAGGAUAGUCUAUAACGUUCUAAAGGGUACAUAUUAGCAUUAUCACAAAAAUCUAUAGUACGAUAAUUCAGUUGAAGCCAUAAAAUACUGUCAGUAUUAUUUGGUCGGUGGCUUAGUUUUAAGAGAAAAUAAAUCAUCUAACAUUACGAUUCUUGUGUUUUGUUUGUUAUGUUUUACUUUAUAAGUGUAUGGUCCAAUCGUAAAAUAAAACUUACUGAAAAAAUACUUAUGUUAAGUUUUCAAUACGGUUUUAACUUCCAUAAAGUGCUGUAAAUAUGUUUUAAAUACUAUUUUCUUUGUAAUUGAAAAUUAAGGAGAUUAUAAAAGUAAAGAGAUGCAUUCAUCGCUAUUUCAAUGAAUUAAAAUAUUAUUAUUUCAAGGGACGUAGGACGAAGGAGUGUUUUUGUCUUCACUACUUAAAAUAGUGUGAAAUAAAAAUAAGUUAUCAUUGAAUUAUUAGCGUAUUAAAAUAAAUUAUUGCGUAAAUAUUA